UGUAUGGUUUUGGAAUGUGUGUAAUCGGGAGUUAAACAAAAUUUUUUCCAGCAAAAUAUUCAGUUUAUUUUCGACCGGUGAAUGCACAGAUAAAUUUUUUAUAAGUUUUUACUGUGGAGUAAGUCGAAAUUAAACUAGGUGUAUGCAAUUGUUGUAACAAGAACAUCUAUAUGUUACACAAAUCGGUUCAAUAGCAGAGCCGUCAGGGACAGACAACAUACAAUCUCUGACGGAUCAGCCGGUGUUAUCUUUUACAUCUAAGAAAACUAAGUUUCUCCCGUUUUCUUGCAACAGAAAAGAAGCUCCUGAACUUCCAAAAUGAAUGAAUUAGAUAGUCUUCGUCAAGAGGCUGAAACCCUCAAAAACACAAUUAGGGAUGCCAGGAAAGCGGCUUGUGACACUACUUUGGUCCAAGCUACAGCUAACAUGGAACCAGUUGGCAGGAUUCAAAUGCGUACACGGCGCACACUUAGAGGUCACUUGGCAAAAAUCUAUGCCAUGCAUUGGGGAUCAGAUUCUCGUUAUCUUGUGUCAGCUUCUCAGGAUGGUAAAUUGAUAGUCUGGGAUGCUUAUACUACAAAUAAGGUACAUGCUAUUCCUCUGCGUUCAAGCUGGGUCAUGACUUGUGCCUAUGCUCCUUCAGGUAGUUAUGUUGCCUGUGGAGGUCUUGAUAAUAUAUGCUCGAUAUAUAGUCUCAAGACCCGUGAAGGAAAUGUGCGUGUGAGUCGAGAACUUCCAGGUCAUACAGGCUAUUUAUCUUGUUGUCGAUUUUUAGAUGAUAACCAAAUUGUUACAAGCUCUGGAGAUAUGACAUGUGCUCUUUGGGAUAUUGAAACUGGACAACAGUGUACUUCUUUCACUGGCCAUACUGGUGAUGUGAUGUCUUUAUCUCUAUCACCAAAUAUGCGAACGUUUGUCUCUGGAGCCUGUGAUGCCUCUGCAAAGCUCUGGGAUAUUCGAGAUGGCAUGUGCAAACAAACGUUCCCUGGUCAUGAGUCGGAUAUUAAUGCUGUUACAUUCUUUCCAAAUGGAUAUGCAUUUGCUACUGGAUCUGAUGACGCUACUUGCAGAUUGUUUGACAUCCGAGCUGAUCAAGAAUUAGCAAUGUAUUCUCAUGAUAAUAUUAUCUGUGGAAUCACUUCUGUUGCAUUUUCUAAAAGUGGAAGGCUGUUGCUGGCUGGUUAUGAUGAUUUUAACUGCAAUGUUUGGGAUUCUAUGAAGGCUGAACGUGCUGGUGUACUGGCUGGUCACGACAAUAGAGUAAGUUGUCUUGGAGUAACUGAAGAUGGCAUGGCAGUUGCCACUGGAUCCUGGGACAGCUUCCUCAAAAUCUGGAAUUGAUGCUGAAACAAAACAUAUUUCCUGGACCAGUUAUUUGUUGUUUACACAUGAACACAGUAGUGUUGCUUCCUGGCCUUCUUUUGUAACUUUACAUCUAGCACAUAUUGAGCCUGAGUAUGUGUCGUGAAGAAAAAAAAAAAAUUUACAUUCGUAUGUGUGAUUUGGCGUUCAUAUUCAGACGUGCAUGUUUAUAUCUAUAUCUGUGAGUGAGUGAUCCAAAUCAACUAUUCCUCUUUUUGAUUUUUUUUUCUCUCAUGCUGAAUUAUACAGCUCUGUCUAGUCAUACUCUGUCGCAAACUGCCUGAAGCACAGUCGCUCAGUGCACGGUGCUUGCUGUCUUUUGCUUGCAUAGUAUUCACUUGACAGUUAUAUUAACUUAUUAUGCUGUACUUUAAUUGUAGCUUCUAGGCAUUUGCAUAUAGAAUCAAAUUUUCACCAUCUCGUUAAGAAAUGUUUGGGGAAAAGGCUACUUGUGUCGGCUGGGCUGAGGGGCCAGACUGAGCCCCGGCUGGUCCCUUGCUCACCUGACACGCACUAUUGUCUCAUAAAACUUAAAGAAAGUUGAUUCUAUAUGCACACACUCUGCAUGUCUUUUAAUUUGUGACUGAAGAAACAUUGCUAUAGGACAUGCAAUUGUUUGUAUCAAAUUCUAUUCCAGGCUUUAAAUAAAUGUAUUGUUGUAUCUUUUUUUGUGAAACCAAUUUCUGUUUCUGAGUGCUAGAUGUGGAUUCCAUUUGUAAAUAAUGUGAAUUCGUUAUUUGUGGUCAAAUCACAUGGAUAAUCUAGGUCGUGACUAUUUAAAGUAAAAAAAAUAAAAAAUACCUGUGUUGCCUGAUGUAAAAGGCAGAUAUCCUUGUUGUUGCACAGUUUCACUCUUCUUGGGACCAUUGAGAUGACGUGGAACUUGCCCAAAUGAUCACUGCUAAAAAUCAAGUUGGACUUCACAACUUGCAGACCAUGAAGUCUGUAACUGCCAAUGCAGUGGUAAGAAAGUUUACAUAUGACAAAUAAAAAAAAUAAAACUAGACAAGCAGGACAUGGUUAUACAAGGACUCCAGUGCACUGUAAAGAGUGCACAAACCCACACUGUAGUAGAGUCAGGCUCUGAAGGCUUUUAUGUUAACAAAUUUACUAUCCAGGUUCUAGACUUGACAUUGAUAUGGAAGUGGGUUCUUUCUUUUGCAAUUUUUUUUUCUUAAAGUAGUAGUUUUGUAUUAUGUAAUAUCCAGCUGCAUCUGCCAAAUAAUAAUGAUAAUAAUAAUAAUAAAAAGUGAACUGCACUGGCUGUCAACACACUGUAAGAGGUAAAGGAAAAAACAGAAUUCUGUUGUCUACAAAGCCUGUAUAUUUCAAGAAGGCCCGUACUACUCAGCAGAGUAGUUUGGACUAAAAAUAAUAAUAAUAAUAAAUCGGAGCCUUAACCGACAGAAUGCUGCUACUCUUUGUUUAAUAUACUUUUGGUGCAUAAUGUAAUUUCCAAUGUGACUGCACUUUCAAGUGAUCCAUCACAAAAUAAAUGGUGUUUCUUUCUUGGCUGCUCUUAUUAACAAGCAACAAACAAAUAAAAAAAUGUCUAUCUUGCUUUUUUUUCUUCUUAACAAAUGGAAAAAGGAACUACUUUGUAGGCUCCUGUGUUUAUAUAAGUAGAUGUAGUGUUAAAAAUUGUAGCAGCCAUUGUCAAUUUCAAAUUUUACUUAAUUGUUUUGUUCUUGUUGUCGCUCCCAUUAGCCAGUUAGCAUCUAGCUCAGAGCAUGCCACCUCUUGUGUGUAUAGUAUUAUAACUCCUCGUGGUGUCAUUUCGCAGCUCUCAAUGAGAGCAGCCCUUGGAAAUACUGUUCUCUGAUUAUAUAUUGGAAAAGUUAUUUCCCUGUUCAUACAUAUUAUUGGAACCUUCCUGUGUACAAAUGAGCUGUGCAUGUCAGCUUCAUUUUAUUUUCGCCAUUGUCAGUGUGAGAGUCAAAUUUGAGUCUAGUUGUGUUUCGUCAGUUAUAAAAUCGUAUGUAAUUUAAAUUGGUGAAUAAAGCUGUUUAUCUUUA